CCGGCGGCCGCUGCGGAGGAGAUGGUGGAGGAGGGAGGCGGCGGCGGCGCCAUGAGUUUCCUCAAGCGGUUCCCGCCGCCGGCCGAGGGCGUUCGGCACCAGCAGCAGGACACGGAGGCGGUGCUGGGGGGGCGCUCCCUGGGCUCCGGAACGCUCUACGUCGCCGAGAGUCGCCUGACGUGGCUGGAGAACUCUGGAGUUGGCUUCUCCUUGGAUUACCCAACCAUAAGCCUCCAUGCAGUCUCCAGGGACCUCAGUGCCUACCCCUGGGAGCAUUUGUACGUCAUGGUCAAUGCCAAAUUUGAAGGAGAGGAGACAAAAGAGGCUCCCAUGGCUGAAGGGGAGGAGGAGGAGGAGGAGAGCGAUGACGACGCAGAACCAAUAGCGGAAUUCAGAUUUGUACCCAGCGACAAAUCAGCCUUGGAAGCCAUGUUUUCAGCCAUGUGUGAAUGUCAGACCCUGCACCCAGACCCCGAUGAUGAAGAUUCAGACAAUGACUACGAAGGGGAAGAGUACGAUGUCGAGGCCCAUGAGCUGGAGCAGGGUGACAUCCCAAGCUUUUACACAUACGAGGAAGGGUUGUCGCACUUAACUGCAGAAGGUCAGGCCACUCUGGAGAGACUGGAAGGCAUGCUGGCCCAGUCUGUCAGCAGUCAGUACAACAUGGCUGGAGUCAGGACAGAAGAUUCCAUCAGGGAGUUUGAAGAUGGGAUGGAGGUGGACAUAGCACCAGUAGUUGCCGGGCAGUUUGAAGAUGCCGAAGUGGAUCACUGAGGAGGGUGCUGUAAGUGCUUCUGUCUCCCCACACCGACACUUUUCAGUCCUGCAGAGCCUUCUGUAAUUUGUGUAAACACACUUCAUCCCAGAUCUCCUACAGGAAGU